CCCAGGACUCUGUGGGUGAGUAGUGAAAGUUUCUACAACUUCGAUGAUUUGAUAUGAAAUACAGUAAUGCAAGUCAUAUAGAAACAUCAAGGCGUUUAUGUUCACUUUCUCCGCUGUGACGCAUAUAACGACCACGACUAACGGCCAUGUCCAAGUGGCUGAAUGAUGAAGAAGUGCUGGUGGGUCAAGGCAACGGCGAGGCAGAACCAGUGACCCCCAGAAUGCGAGGCCUGUCAGCUGGGAGCCCCAGAACCGGACAGAGUGUUUAUAGUCCGCUGGCUUCACCCCGAGAUUCAGUGCCAGGGAGCCCUAGACUGCGAGGCCUGUCAGCUGGGAGCCCCAGACCCGGACAGAGUGUUUAUAGUCCGCUGGCUUCACCCAGAGCCAGAGAGGCAGUGCCGGGGAGCCCACAGGCAGAGACCAUGGGCAAGGCCAAGGAGCUGUUUGUGCUGUGUGACAAAGAGGGGAAAGGUUUCAUCACAAAGCGAGAUAUGCAGAGGCUACAGGCGGAGCUGCCGCUGUCCCCCGAGCAGCUGGAGACGGUGUUUGAGAGUCUGGACCGCGAGAGCAAUGGAUUCCUUACUCCUGUUGAGUUCAACACAGGACUUGACGGGCUAGUGGGGCUGGAGAACUUGACUGAGCCAAGUCAAAACCAAUCAGAAGAUACGGACCGGAUGGACUGCUCCCAGGACACCCGUGCUGUUAGAUUUGUAAACAUACUGAUGGAGCUCGGAGCAGACAAACUCUUUAAGGAUCAGCAGGAGCUCUCCUCUCUGUGGUGUGAACUCCAGAGAGACAGACCAGAGCUGCUGAGCGUCCUGGACGGCGUCCUGAUCCACGCAGUGUCGCAUUUACAGGACUCCAUCAGAGAGAGAGACAGUCUGGAACAAGCGCUACGCAGACGGGAGAGUGAACAUGAUGAGGUUGUUCUGUCCAUAUAUGAAGAAAUGGAAAACCAAAUCAGAGAGGAGAGAGAGAAACGUGUGGCUCAGGACAGUAUUGAACAGAAGCAGAGAGGACGACAACUUGAGGAGGAGCUGAAGAUGCGCGAGCAAGGGCUGGAGAAUUCACUGACCAAACAGAGAGAGCUGGAAACCAGAAUCCGGCAGCUGAGCUGUGAACAGGCAAACAUCAAGGAGCAGAACCAGCAGCUGCAGAGCCUCAACGUCCAGUUACAGGAGCAGGUGGAGCGCAGCAGGGAGCAGCUGCAGGCUGCUCUGGGUCAGCUCAGCCUGCACCAGGUCAGCGUUGCCCAGAAACAAGUGGCCAGACAGAGAAACAUGAUGAAGGUGUCGAGUAACAUGCAGAAAGAGAAGGACAGUCUCUUCAGACAACUGGAGCUAUUGAGGGAUAUGAACAAAAGGCUGCGAGAUGAGAAGGAUGCCCAACAGUCUCAGAAGAGGAAUCCAAAUGUCACAAAGCCUUUAAAGAAGAAAGGGUCAAUUAUAGGCAACUACUUACUGCAAGACAAGCUACUGAAAAGACAGCUGAGCUCAUCUGAUGAGUUGGAGCACGACAAAGACACAGAGGUCUCAAACUCGUCCAAGAGACACCAACCGUCAUGUAGAGUCAAGGGUGAAAAUGUUGAACAGGUGCAAACUCAGACAAUUGUCAGUCCUCAGCGAGUGUUCAAGCUGGUAUUCCUGGGUAACUCAGGCGUUGGUAAGAGCUCCUUCAUCCAGCACUACUGCACGGGACACUUCAACAGUAAAAUCAGCGCUACUGUGGGUAUCGAUUUCCAGAUGAAGACUUUAACUCUGGGCUCCACCAUCAUCACCCUGCAGCUGUGGGACACUGCAGGACAAGAGAGGUUUCGCAGUAUAACUGAGCAGUACUACCGCAAAGCUGACGGUAUCCUUGCCAUGUAUGACAUAACUCAGUCCUCCUCCUUCGCUGCUGUGAGAGCAUGGAUGGACUCCGUGAAGGAGAAGAUGUGUGAAGGUGCGGUACUGAUGCUGCUGGCGAACAAGCUGGACCUGGCAGACAGUCGCAGCAGAGAAGUGAAAACAGAAGAAGGGCAGAGACUAGCAGACCAGCACCAAGCUUUGUUUUACGAGUGCAGCGCAAAAACUGGAUGCAACGUGGAGGAGCUGAUGGCUUCUCUUGCUGGGAUGUUAGUCUCCCAGCAUGAUCGACAAUGUGAAGAUGCACUUUUACUAACUGACGGCAUGGCUAAAAGAGGCUGCUGCACAUAAACAGGACGAAAAGGCUUUUGAAUAAGUCCUAAGGUCACUUAAAUCAUUUGAAGACACAAACAUCCACAUUUU